CUUUGUCAAACUUACAAAUAGUUAAAGUUGCUCAGACCCCCUUAUUACGACUCUGUAGAUAGAGCCCACUGAGUGAGUGAUAUCCCUCCAAGUCUGUCGCUUUGCGUCUAGGACGGAGGGGUCACUCACGAAGGCAAGCUUUUUUAUACGACCACGAUUACCUCGUUCUGUAUGUGUGAUAUCCCUCCACGUCUGGUGCUUUUGCAUCUGGGACGGAGGGGUCGCUCAUACCGGUUCACGAUCAGAUGCACCGAGGCAUGUUUUGCCACAAGGGUUUUGUAUCAUCAAAACUUAACGACCUAUAAAGUGUUGCCAAGAUAUAGAUAUGUCAAGUUUAGGGGAAUUAGAAAGGGUUUAUAAGGCUCAGCCAAAGCGGGGAAGACUCCUUUUAACGCUGAACAGUAAGCGAAGUCGUUACGCGCGAAGUCAUUUUUACAAUUAAAAAUAUAUAAAAGGUGUAAAUCAGUAUAAUUAAGAAGAAAGCAGACAAAAGGAACAGUUAUUAUCUAAAAAGUAAUUGUGUGAAAAACAAAAAGAUCUAAAAGUUAUUUGUGUAAAACAAAAGAUGUUAGUCACUGUCUGUAAAACCUUAUUGUUGUAGUUAAAACAAAACAAAAAAACGAAGAGAAGAAAAGAGCGGAAAACCGUGAUUUAAAAGGAUAAAGAAAAACUUAUUGUAAAACAAAAAAAGGUCCGCGGAGGGCCUUUUUAUGUUCUGCUCUGGUUACACCAGAACUUCUACUUCACAGACAUCAGGACAGAGAGCAUCAGCAUCAGUGGCCAGAACGCCCUUCUGUGGUGGUCAAAGCUAUACCCGCCCCGCAGUGUAAGCUAGGACAUACAUCCUCGCCGUGCGGUGUGAUUGAACCCGUGCUGGUCGGCAGGGAGACCCAGCAAUCAUUGAAGCCGAGCCUAAGCCGUGGGAACACAGGCAGCCGCAGAUGUACAGCGAGGUCGAACCGCUGAAUUUGGGGAAAAAGCUACUAUGGUUACACAAGCGCAAGUAAAAUUAGGUUAAGAUAAACAUUGUUCGAUAGCAAGAUGAAUAUAAUGUAGAAUUAGUGUACAACCAUCAGCUUUUAGAUUCAUACUAAUUUACACCUGCCAAUUAGUCCGGUAUUCCGAAUUCAUACAGUGGUUUUACCCCUUUUCGCUACUGGUCGAACGAAAGGGUGUUCUAAGCAGGAGCUUUUGAGCCAGUAGGAUUUGCACGUUAAUAUCAGGCAACGCUUUUCACCUGGGUCGCUCUUCGUUCGGUGGUUCACUUUCCCUAGGUUCCCGUUCGUCGAAAUACGAGUAACGUGGUGGGCAUAAAAGCCGCUUGAGGCGUAGAUCGCAUCCCCACCUCGCCUACUUCCUCAUUACCCCUGAGCUAAGCAUAGGCUAACAAAUUGGCGCCCAACAUAAUAUCCCACGAAUUUAGAAUUUUUUCGAUUUCAAAAAAAUCCCGGUGAGGGGAGUAUAAAACAGUACGCUGUUUUGGCGAGGCAUUUUCGUCCUCCAAACGAAAGUUUUACUAAGAUGGAUGUAGAAUUUGAUAUGCAAUAUAAAAGUUUACUCGUUCAUCACCUGAACAGGGAUGAAUUGGAAUAUGAACUUAUAGUGCGCGGCAUUGAUUUUACGGAUAAUGAAGCACGUACAGUUAUAUCGCGGAGAUUAAGGAACAGAAUUAAAGCGGAUAGAGAAAAAAACACUUCAAAUUUUGAUUUUGGUCGUUUAGGUACAUCGGUUGAUGAGGAAAUAAAGGUGAUUGAUGGGAAAGUUAAGGAAAUUAAAGAGUUGUUAACAAAACGAGGUAGUGUAGAGGUGACGCGUGAGAGCCUCAAAACCCGCUUGGUCCACUGCUUUGCGCGUGUCAUAAGAGCGUCGGAAGAAGCAGAGGAAGAGGAAGAUUUGGUUGACUUAGAUAGUCUACAAGCCGAGAUUCGUAGUACGUAUAAUGUACAUUUUUCUUUGCUUUCAACGUUAGGUCAAGCAGACUUAGCGAGACAAAUUAGCCAAUCGAUGUCGAAUUUGGCAAUUGAUUCCCGAGUUGAGCAGGACAAACAACCCUCCAAUUCGUCGAGUCAAGAAGAUAUAAAUGAUUUCAGAACACCGGGAAGACAUUUAAAACGAAGUUUGAAGUCGAUAGAAAUGAAUACCGAAAAACCGAACCUUCCAAAUUAUUGGUACCCCUUUCCCAUGCCGUAUAACGCAUACCCAUGGCCGUUUGAACCGUCUCAAAUGCAAAAGUGGGCCGCACAGAAAAUUCUUAAUUUUAGUUCAGCCGAUAACGUGUCCAAGCAAACAGUACCCGUGCGCAAUCCGGUAGAGAAAGUAGGGAGAAACCCAGCAAAAAUAGACAAACAUUCAUGCUUGCCAAAAAAGUCAUAUAAUCAAACGAGAGACAUGUCAGAAGAGUCAGGAGAAUCUGAGUCGGGAUGGUCAUCAGACCAGUCCCAUUGGAAACCGCGAAAAAAAAAACAUAAUCACUUCUACCGUCGCGAGAGUCCAAUUAGAUUUAAACGGGGUAAACGAAGACCGGUUUCCGAGUGGAAACUUAAAUACGAUGGGUCCGAUAAUGGCCAAUCACUUAUGAAAUUUUUAAAAGAGGUUGAAUUCUACGCUCGGUCGGAAAACACGUCAGAUCGAGAAUUGUUCCGGUCGGCAAUUCAUCUUUUUAGCGGGUCGGCUAAAUCGUGGUUCAUGGCAGGUUUCGAAAAUGAUGAUUUUGGAUCAUGGAACGAACUUAAAGAGGAAUUAAAGCGAGAGUUUUUGAGCCCCGAUCAUGACCAAUCGAGUGAAUCACGCGCGGUCGCGAGAAAGCAAGGACCUCGUGAAAAGUUCCAGGAUUUUUUUAUGGAUAUUCAAAAAUAUUUUAAUUCUCUUACAAAACCGAUGACGGAGCGAAAAAAAUUUGAUAUCGUUUUUCGGAAUAUGCGCGCGGACUACAAGGGAUACGCCGUGUCGACCAAUAUCGAUAAUUUAGUUGAUCUUAAGCACCUCGGCAGACGCCUAGAUGCUACCUAUUGGUUUAAGUACCAAACACCUGCAAGCGAGGGUCAACCACGAGUUAAACCCGCACAGGUAAACGAGGUUUACACAGGUACUAAACAUAAAAACGCAUUGCCAAACGGAAACGAACAAUUUAAAACACGAAACUUUUACAAUUCUCACGGACGUGGCGGAACCGAUCAGGGAAACAAACGCGCGCGAGAAACCCAGCAGGAGAAUUUCAAAGAAAGAGAGCCUGAUUCUCAACGUGGACUGGAUGCUAUUUUGGAACGGUAUCAAGUCCCUCGAGACGGUGUCUGUUUCAAUUGUCGCCUCCCAGGUCACCACGCAAGAGAAUGUAAUAAACCACGACAUAAGUAUUGUCAGGCAUGUGGAUUUCACGAUGUCGACAGCGAGUGCUGUCCGUACUGUGAAAAAAACGCUCACAAGACUGCCCCGGAGGGCCGGCCAGUCAGUUAUCUGUAAAGUCCCUCAAAAAUUCCGAUUUUCAGAAAAAUUUACAAACUCUCGGCUUUGCUGAAGUUUGUCCAUCCGAUUAUAGUCAAUCCAACAAAUACGAAAUUAAUGAAUUUAUCAUACAUCCAGAUAAUGAUCAGAGACCAUUUGUAAAAGUAGCAGUUUUUGGAUGUCCGUUAGUGGGACUAUUAGAUAGUGGAGCUCAUCUAAGCAUAUUAGGACUCGGCUCGUUAAAGCUGAUUAAACAAUGUAACUUACAAGUUUUCCCUUCCGAAGUAAUCUUAAAAACCGCUAAUGGAGAGAAGUUAAUCGUUACCGGACGCGUCUUCCUUCCAGUCACUUUUAAUAAUGUGACCAAAGUUAUAGACACCCUGAUCGUUCCAUCUCUCAAGAGGCGGCUUCUCUUAGGAAUAAACUUCUGGGAAUCUUUUGAAAUCAAACCUACUUUACUGAAAGCAACCGUGGAAACACUAGAGCAAAAUGAAUAUAUAGAACCUAUCUUACCAGAAUGCGAACAAGAAGAUACUAAGGAAAGUACAUCACGAUUGAAUGAUGAACAGAAAACUAAACUAGAAAAAAUCCAGCAAAUAUUUAAAGUAGCAGAGGAAAAUCUGGACACCACACACUGGAUUAGCCACAGAAUUGAACUAACUGAGGAAGCCAAAAAGCUUCCACCAGCACGAAUAAACCCGUUCCCGAAUUCGCCCAGGCGACAAGAUCAAAUCAACGAAGAGCUAGACCGAAUGUUGAAAUCUGGUAUAAUUGAAAAAUCCUAUAGCGAUUGGGCUCUGCGCCUGGUCCCAGUAGAUAAACCAGAUGGAACUGUACGAUUGUGCCUUGACGCGCGCAAGCUGAACGAUCGCACGGUUCGAGACUCUUAUCCACUCCCGCACGCAGAUCGUAUUCUCAGCAGACUGGGGUCAGCAGAAUACAUCACCACCAUAGAUUUGUCACAAGCCUUUCUGCAAAUACCAUUACACCCUAGGUCCCGAAAAUAUACGGCCUUUUCCGUGUUAGGCCGAGGACUGUUCCAGUUCACUCGUAUGCCAUUUGGCCUAGUGAACAGUCCGGCCACCCUUUCACGCCUGAUGGAUCGAGUUUUGGGUGGAGGGGAACUUGAACCUAACGUUUUUGUGUAUUUGGAUGACAUAAUAGUCGUAUCCAAUACCUUUGAAGAACAUUUGAUAUUGCUACGAAAAGUUGCAGAAUGUUUGAGGGCCGCAAAUUUAUCGAUUAACUUGAAUAAAUCGCGUUUUUGUGUGACGGAAGUUCCGUAUCUAGGGUAUAUUUUGGGACGUGGAGGUUUGAGGCCCAACCCAGAUCGGGUGUCAGCCAUAGUAAACUAUGAGCGGCCAAAAUCUUUAAAGGCUCUAAGAAGAUUUUUGGGGAUGUGUAAUUAUUAUAGAAGGUUUAUAGCCGACUAUAGUGAAAUUACGCGGUCUUUAACGGAUCUUCUCAGAAAUAAACCCAAAUCAGUUGUUUGGAACGAUAAAGCUGAAGCUUCGUUUCUUAAAAUAAAAGAGCUACUUAUUUGCGCUCCGGUUUUAACUAACCCAGAUUUCACGCGGCCGUUUGCCAUACAUUGCGACGCGAGUGACACAGCUAUAGCUGGCGUACUUACGCAAACGCAUGAAGGAAGCGAAAAACCAAUCGCAUAUUUUUCACAGAAAUUAUCCACGACGCAACAGAGAUAUUUUGCCACUGAAAAAGAGGGGUUGGCAGUAAUAAAAGCAAUUGAAAAAUUUAGAUGCUAUAUCGAGGGUUCAAAGUUCACCGUGUAUACAGAUGCAUCGGCAUUAACCUACAUCAUGAAGAGUAGUUGGCGAACUUCUUCGCGGUUAUGUCGCUGGAGCAUGGAUUUGCAACGACACGAUAUGAAAGUUUUACAUAGAAAAGGUGCGGAAAAUUACGUUCCAGACGCUUUAUCUAGGUCGGUGGAAGAAGUUAUUGAGACUCCAAAUACCGGGGAAUGGUACACUGAAAUGCUUAAAAGAAUUCGAGGGAAUCCAGAGAAAUAUAAAGAUUUUAAGGUCGAACGGGGAAUAUUGAAAAAAUUAACUACAGUCCAAAAUGAUAUGCUUGAUUACCGCUUCUCGUGGAAGAUAUGCGUUCCCGAGUCUGCUAAGGAAAAGAUACUAGUAGAAGAACACGAUGAUAGGAUGCAUCUAGGCGCGGAAAAAACUUUAGCUUUGAUCAAAAAAAAAUAUUUUUGGCCAAAAAUGGCUGAAGACGUACAAAAGUACAUCCGUCAAUGCUCACUUUGUAAACAGAACAAACCCGCAAACCGAUCCCAAAUGCCCGAACCCGGUAAACAACGUGUGACUACGAAACCGUUCCAAAUAAUAGCGUUGGACUUCAUACAGUCCCUUCCACGGAGCAAAAUUGGAAAUUCUCACUUACUUGUUGUCCAGGAUCUUUUCUCCAAAUGGUGUCUAUUAGUACCGGUAAAACGCAUCUCCGCGCCACUCGUAACCAAAAUUCUCGAAGAAACCUGGUUGCGUCGGUAUUCGGUCCCGGAAUAUAUUAUAACCGAUAAUGCUACCACUUUUCUGUCCACUGAUUUCAAAGCACUAUUGACAAAAUACGGAAUUCAACAUUGGGCCAACGCGAGGCAUCACAGCCAGGCCAAUCCGGUCGAACGAUUGAACCGUACCGUAAACGCGUGUAUAAGGUCGUACGUGAAACAAAAUCAGAAAAUCUGGGACACCCGGGUGUCCGAGAUUGAAUUUUGUCUCAAUAAUACCCCCCAUUCCGCGACGGGUUACUCGCCUUACAGGAUACUUUUCGGACACGAAAUAAUUGGAAAUGCAGAAGAACAUCGGAUAGAUAGGGACAAGGAAGUUUUGUCUGAAGAGGAAAGGGUAAUUAGAAAAGGAAAAGUGGACGAGAAAAUUUACUCGAUGGUUAGUAGAAAUUUGCAGAAAGCUCAUAACAGAAAUAUAAAAAAUUACAAUCUACGUUCAAAGAACUCGGCUCCUGUGUACACAGUUGGCCAGAGAGUGUUUAAAAGAAAUUUCCGGCAGUCUUCCGCAGCGGAUUCCUACAAUGCGAAGCUGGAUGCCUUGUAUGUUCCGUGUGUGGUGCUUGCCCGAGUGGGGACCAGCUCGUAUGAGUUGUCCGACGACUCCGGUAAAUCAUUGGGGGUAUUUUCGGUCGCUGAUUUGAAGCCCGAUGCCUAAAAAUGAACACAAAUUCUCUCUUCAAAACAGAUACUUCGAAUAAUUCAUGUCUGUGAAGGUUUUAAUGUCCGCACAGGGAGAAUCCAGGGAUCCGAUAUUAAAAUGAUCACUCCGGUAGUAGCGCCAUAUUUACCUACCCGCAACUUUUAUUUUCCAACACAAGCACUACAAUCUCGAAUCGCUCUCCAUCAGCCGAUCAACCUAUAACAAAAAAUAAACAAAUUUAACUACACAUGAAAAGAAGACCGAAUGAAAUCUGUUAUCUGGCUACUGUUAAUGUAACAGAUUUGUGAUAACAAAUUGUUUUUCUUACCUUAUGUAUAGACCAAAUUCUAAAUUUGUCGUUUUAAUCAAAUUUAAUGCACUACUAAACUACUCAGGGCUCCUAAUAAUUUCGUGUUCUUGGCUUGACGCCACCGAGAACUGACAGUUCUCAACAGUGGUGUUAGUAAACGGUAUUUUUUAGCUUUUUCACGUGAGUGAAAAAGAGCACCAAAGAAUACCACGAUAGAAUAAAAGAGGGUCGCAUUGAGGAAAAAUGAAAGUACUUGAUUGAGUGCAAGUAUUGUCCAUUACAAGGAGCAGUAGUUUAGACUCCAGUAUAUAAAAAAAAGGGACCUGAAUAGUAACACUAUCGCCGCAUUCCCCCCCCCCCCCCAAUGGAGUAUUGUAACCGUUGGUUUCAAGGAUAAUGUGUUGACUUUGUCAAACUUACAAAUAGUUAAAGUUGCUCAGACCCCCUUAUUACGACUCUGUAGAUAGAGCCCACUGAGUGAGUGAUAUCCCUCCAAGUCUGUCGCUUUGCGUCUAGGACGGAGGGGUCACUCACGAAGGCAAGCUUUUUUAUACGACCACGAUUACCUCGUUCUGUAUGUGUGAUAUCCCUCCACGUCUGGUGCUUUUGCAUCUGGGACGGAGGGGUCGCUCAUACCGGUUCACGAUCAGAUGCACCGAGGCAUGUUUUGCCACAAGGGUUUUGUAUCAUCAAAACUUAACGACCUAUAAAGUGUUGCCAAGAUAUAGAUAUGUCAAGUUUAGGGGAAUUAGAAAGGGUUUAUAAGGCUCAGCCAAAGCGGGGAAGACUCCUUUUAACGCUGAACAGUAAGCGAAGUCGUUACGCGCGAAGUCAUUUUUACAAUUAAAAAUAUAUAAAAGGUGUAAAUCAGUAUAAUUAAGAAGAAAGCAGACAAAAGGAACAGUUAUUAUCUAAAAAGUAAUUGUGUGAAAAACAAAAAGAUCUAAAAGUUAUUUGUGUAAAACAAAAGAUGUUAGUCACUGUCUGUAAAACCUUAUUGUUGUAGUUAAAACAAAACAAAAAAACGAAGAGAAGAAAAGAGCGGAAAACCGUGAUUUAAAAGGAUAAAGAAAAACUUAUUGUAAAACAAAAAAGGUCCGCGGAGGGCCUUUUUAUGUUCUGCUCUGGUUACACCAGAACUUCUACUUCACAGACAUCAGGACAGAGAGCAUCAGCAUCAGUGGCCAGAACGCCCUUCUGUGGUGGUCAAAGCUAUACCCGCCCCGCAGUGUAAGCUAGGACAUACAUCCUCGCCGUGCGGUGUGAUUGAACCCGUGCUGGUCGGCAGGGAGACCCAGCAAUCAUUGAAGCCGAGCCUAAGCCGUGGGAACACAGGCAGCCGCAGAUGUACAGCGAGGUCGAACCGCUGAAUUUGGGGAAAAAGCUACUAUGGUUACACAAGCGCAAGUAAAAUUAGGUUAAGAUAAACAUUGUUCGAUAGCAAGAUGAAUAUAAUGUAGAAUUAGUGUACAACCAUCAGCUUUUAGAUUCAUACUAAUUUACACCUGCCAAUUAGUCCGGUAUUCCGAAUUCAUACAGUGGUUUUACCCCUUUUCGCUACUGGUCGAACGAAAGGGUGUUCUAAGCAGGAGCUUUUGAGCCAGUAGGAUUUGCACGUUAAUAUCAGGCAACGCUUUUCACCUGGGUCGCUCUUCGUUCGGUGGUUCACUUUCCCUAGGUUCCCGUUCGUCGAAAUACGAGUAACGUGGUGGGCAUAAAAGCCGCUUGAGGCGUAGAUCGCAUCCCCACCUCGCCUACUUCCUCAUUACCCCUGAGCUAAGCAUAGGC